CAAAGGAGACCGACACUCAGUCUCUCUCCAACAUUUUGUGUCGACCUCGCGUAACAAAACAAGCGCAGCAGGACUCGUUGCGCUCUCCAGGAUAGAUUAUCAGGACUUGGUUUGCUCAUUAUUCUCCGGGACGUCGCCUUACACAUAUAGGAUAUAAGUUUAUUUACAGUAGAAUAACCGGAGAUUCUGGAUGAUGGGUUCAGUCCCGGCGAUAUCUGUCCUUAUUUUGGGCAUUGUGGUUCCAGCGCUGGCCGGCUAUAUUGAGGCACUAGCAGCCAAUGCAGGCACAGGGUUUGCCGUGGCAGAGCCACAGGUAGCGAUGUUCUGCGGAAAGCUCAACAUGCAUGUCAACAUUCAGACCGGCCGCUGGGAACCCGACCCAUCCGGAACCAAGAGCUGCGAAGGAACCAAAGAGGGUGUGCUGCAGUACUGCCAGGAGAUGUAUCCCGAGCUCCAAAUCACAAACGUGGUGGAAGCCAACCAGCCAAUUCGUAUUGAGAACUGGUGCAAGAAGGAGAAGAAGGUGUGCAAAGGGCACGCCCAUAUUGUGGUGCCUUACAAAUGCUUAGUGGGCGAGUUUGUGAGUGACGUGCUUCUGGUUCCAGAGAAGUGCAAGUUCUUCCACAAGGAGCGUAUGGACAUGUGCGUCAGCCAUCAGCAGUGGCACGGCGUGGCCAAAGAGGCCUGUGCCAAGAGCUCCAUGGUGCUACACAGCUACGGCAUGCUGCUGCCCUGCGGCAUUGAUAAGUUCCACGGCACAGAGUACGUGUGCUGCCCCUCCUCUCGCACCGGGGAGUCCGCUCCACCUUCCCUGCCUUCCCAGGAGGACGACGAAGACGAGGAGAUAGAGGAUGAGGAGAUUGACGAGGCCGACCUGGUUGAGGAGGAGGACAGUGAGACACCAGCUGACGAGCAGCCCACACAAAAGGAGGAGCCAGUGGACGAGGACGAAGAGGAGGAGGAGGAGGAGGAGGAGGAAGAGUACCACUAUGUCUAUGAGGACGAGGAGGCAGAUAAAGAGGAGGAGGAUGAAAAGAAAGAGAGCAGCAGAAUGCCAGAGAGCCAAGAUGAGGACAAGACUCUGCAGGAAGUGAAAGCGGUUUGCACCCUGGAGGCUGAGACCGGCCCCUGCCGUGCCUCCAUGCCCCGCUGGCACUUCGACGUGAGCCAGAGGAAGUGUGUACGCUUCAUAUACGGGGGCUGUGCUGGCAACCGCAACAAUUUCGACUCAGAGGAGUACUGCAUGGCCGUAUGCAAGCGCCUGACCAUGCCACCAACUCCACAGCCCACUGAUGAUGUGGACAUCUACUUUGAGACACCGGCCGACGACAAGGAGCACAGUCGCUUCCAGAGGGCCAAGGAGCAGCUGGAGAUCAGGCACCGCAACCGCAUGGAGAGGGUAAGAAAAGAGUGGGAAGAGGCUGAUCGCCAGGCUAAGAACUUGCCCAAGGCUGAGAGGCAGACAUUGAUCCAGCACUUCCAAGCCAUGGUGGAGUCACUGGAGGAGGAGGCAGCCAGCGAGAAGCAGCAGCUGGUAGAGACUCACCUCGCCCGGGUGGAGGCCAUGCUGAAUGACCGGCGCCGUCUGGCCCUGGAGAACUACCUGGCUGCCCUGCAGGCCGAUCCCCCCAGGCCCCACCGCAUCCUGCAAGCCCUGAGAAGGUACGUCCGCGCUGAGAACAAGGACCGCCAGCACACCAUCCGUCACUACCAGCACGUCCUGGCUGUGGAUCCUGAGAAGGCUGCUCAAAUGAAGUCACAGGUGAUGACCCACCUGCGUGUCAUCGAGGAGAGGAUGAACCAAAGUCUAUCUCUGCUCUACAAAGUACCUUAUGUUGCCGAGGACAUUCAGGAUGAAAUUGACGAGCUACUUCAGGAGCAGAAAGCUGACAUGGACCAGUUCCUAUCGUCUAUCUCUGAAUCACAGCCAGAUGUCACUGUGUCGUCAGAGGACAGCGUGGAAGUUCCCAUGCCCGAGGGCAAACCCUUCCGCCCCUUCCAAGUCACAUCUUUGGGGUCCCGUUCAGAGCCAGAGGGCUCUGCCAUGUCUGGUUUGGACGGUCUGAUAGGUGCUGAGGAGAGAAUUAUCAACAGCAAACCCAAGAUCAGCGACAAAGUGGUGAUUGAUGAGUCUCUGGAUGUUAAAGAAGUGAUUUACAGUGCAGAGAGAGUCAGCGUUAUGCAUGAUGAUGAGCUGGAGUCUUAUCGCCCCCUGGGAGAGGACUUCAGUUUUGGGAGCAGUGCACUGAUUGGCUUGCUGGUGAUCGCUGUGGCCAUAGCAACUGUGAUUGUGAUCAGUCUGGUGCUUUUGAGGAAGAGGCAAUACGGCACCAUCAGUCAUGGCAUCGUAGAGGUUGACCCCAUGCUGACACCAGAGGAACGCCACCUCAGCAAGAUGCAGAACCACGGCUACGAAAACCCCACCUACAAAUACCUGGAGCAGAUGCAGAUCUAACCAGAGCCUGCAGGGGGCGCUGUGGAGUCUGACAGAGGACAGCAACUGAGGGGGAACAUACUACUGACCAAUAACAUAUGCUAUUGUUAAAAUCAUUUGCAUACAUCCAAACUCCAUUUACUGGUUUGUUCAAAACAAUCCUUAAAUAAUGCUACUACUUCUACUACUGCUACUAUUGUACUAUAGAACUCUUUUUGAUCAUGUUUCUUUUGAAAAGGUGAUGUAUCUGCCAUUUUGCAUUAUGAAAAUGUGAUUCUGCAGAUUUCUCUGUAAUUAUCAGUACAGCUAUCUCAGAUCAAGAUGUAUAACAUUUCUUCAGACAUUUUCUUUAUUUUUGAAAGUGAGCGGCAAAUCAAGCAAAAUUUUAAAUGUUUUUGAGUAGCCAUCAUCAAACCGGCAUACCAGACACUACUCUUUAAUUUCCCAUCAGGCAAGUGUCAUUCAUGCAGUUUCUGAUGGUGUUCUCAGAAAGAAUUGGUAUUUUUAUUUUGUUCUUUUUCCUCUUAAUAGAUUGCUUGUAUAUGAAGGUUCUUUGUACCGAUUAAAAUGUAUAGUGAAACAAAUGAGAAAAAAAUAUCAUGAAUUAUUUACUUUCUGUUCUUUGUUAUGACAAAAUAUACAUAUACCGUUUAAAUAUAUAUAAGAAUAGAUGUUUUUAUUCCACCUUUUUCCCAGGCAAGAGGUUCUCGGUUGGUUGAGGGUUCUUAAGUUGAAGGUCAUGAGUUGUGUUUGCAGGCACACUGUUAGUCAACGAAAGGUGAAGAUGUGCACAGACCCCCAGCUCAAACACAUCACACAAAACCUACUCUGAACCUUUACUAAGUGAAUGUGAUAAUAUAUCCCCUACUACACACACAAACACAACCUUUUAUCGGUAGUAAGAGUAUAAAUCGAUAGAUAUAGUAAUACCUAUUGACAUGUUUUACAUAGUUGAAUGUAUCGUGGAAGUUUUUUUCCAUACUAUGUACCUGACAGGUUCCUGUGUGGCUUUGAUUUUAAUGCACUGUCAGAAACAUUGUGACAGUGGGCAAUGACGUGUCACAAGCCGACAUACAAGUGUUUUUUAAUUAGUUUUUACACAAAUUAUCUGAAGCAAAAACCAAGUACCAGAAAAGCUACUCUGAAAACAAAUCUGGGGGAUGAUGCACACACAUGUUAUUGGAGAAACUGUUGGCAUGAAGCUUAAAAAAGUCAGAUCAAAACAGGGCUGGUCCAGAGGCACUAACAAAAUAAGCAGCUGCUUAGGGCCCAUCUGCUACCAGGGGGGCCACCAAUUAAGUGAAAAGUUACAUAAUUUGGUGGAUUUGGGGAUGCUAUAACUACUUCUGGGAUCAUAACAAAUGCCAAACAAUGGACAAAGUUUUUUCUAAACCUGAAUAUAGCCUACCAAAUUUGGUGAUUGUGACAAAUAAUUUCGGUAGGCACUAAAACUUUUUUUAGGAUUUAGGGGGAGCAAAUUUUGCAAUCUUGAUUUUGGGAUUUGGGUACCCAGAAGUGCUUGGGCCAGCCCUGGAUCAAAGCCAGUUGAAGACGCGCUGGAGCUGGAGGGCUGUGCAGGCAGGCAGAGACACGCAGAAAGACAAGGCUUGGAGAGCUUGUUUCUGGAAAAAAAAAAAAAAGCUAAUUUGUGUAUUUUUACAGGUAGAGAAUGACACAAACAAGUAAACUUAAUCCUAGAAUCAUUUUUCUCUCUCUCUCUUAGUAUUGUCUUUGUAUGCCUGUAUAGUUGAUGUUGCAAUCAUGGCUUUUUUCUGGAGGAUUACCUGUGGUGUGCAUUGUUCUUAUAUGAAAUUAUAUGAUAUAUAUUUUUAAGUUUGUUUUCUUGUUUUCUAUUUUUUCCUCUUACUGUGACAGUAUCUCUGUAUGUGACUGUCUCACUAUGCACCCAAACGGCUUCAAUCUUGUAACUGCCUGCUUGAUUGUGGGAUGGGACUGGGAACUAAUAUAAUAUGCAUAUUAGUGACUUGACAAAAAUUGAUUGACACCAAUGGAAACAGAUUUAUGGUUACAGGGGGGGGGAUACACAUAAAUAAACUCACAACUUCCAUAA